GCUGGGGCUGUAAACCAAAAGCCACUGGACUCUGUAAACCCACUGGGCACCACAGAGGCAGAAGGGGUGAUGAGCGAGAGGCGAGUAGUAGUGGACUUGCCCACCGGUGCCAGCUCCAGCAUGCCCCUCCAGAGGCGCAGGGCAUCCUUCAGGGGACCACGGUCAUCAACCUCCCUGGAUAGCCCCCCAGCCUCCAGGACCAAUGCCAUGAGUGGCCUUGUCCGAGCACCCGGGGUCUAUGUAGGAACAGCACCCAGUGGGUGCAUAGGUGGCCUGGGUGCCCGUGUGACCCGCCGGGCCCUUGGCAUCAGCAGUGUCUUCCUUCAGGGCCUGCGGAGCUCAGGCCUGGCCACAGUGCCGGCUCCAGGUUUGGAGAGGGACCAUGGUGCUAUUGAGGACCUAGGGGGCUGCCUGGUGGAAUAUAUGGCCAAAGUGCACGCCCUUGAACAAGUCAGUCAGGAGCUGGAAACACAACUGCGGAUGCACCUGGAGAGCAAGGCCACGCGCUCGGGAAAUUGGGGUGCCCUACGGGCUUCCUGGGCCAGCAGCUGCCAGCAGGUAGGUGAGGCAGUCUUGGAAAAUGCCCGGCUCAUGCUGCAGACAGAAACUAUCCAGGCGGGAGCAGAUGACUUUAAAGAGAGAUAUGAAAAUGAGCUGCCAUUUCGAAAGGCGGCAGAAGAGGAAAUUAACUCUCUGUAUAAAGUUAUUGAUGAAGCUAAUUUGACUAAAAUGGACCUGGAGAGUCAAAUAGAAAGUCUGAAAGAAGAACUUGGCUCUCUAUCAAGAAACUAUGAAGAGGAUGUGAAGGUGCUGCACAAACAGUUGGCAGGGUGUGAGCUGGAACACAUGGAUGUUCCCAUUGGCACUGGUCUGGACGACAUCCUUGAGAUGAUCAGAAUUCAGUGGGAGAGAGAUAUUGAAAAGAAUCGGGUGGAGGCAGGAGCCCUGCUCCAAGCUAAGCAACAGGCGGAGGUGGCCCACAUGUCCCAGACCCAGGAAGAGAAGCUGGCAGCUGCCCUCAGGGUGGAGUUACACAACACUUCGUGCCAAGUCCAGAGCCUCCAGGCUGAGACAGAAUCCUUACGUGCCCUGAAACGAGGCCUGGAGAACACCUUGCACGAUGCCAAGCACUGGCAUGACAUGGAGCUCCAGAACCUGGGCGCUGUGGUCGGCCGGCUGGAGGCGGAGCUCAGCGAGAUCCGCGCGGAGGCGGAGCAGCAGCAACAGGAGCGCGCGCAUCUACUGGCCCGCAAGUGCCAGCUGCAGAAGGACGUGGCGUCCUACCACGCCCUGCUGGACAGGGAGGAAAGCGGCUGAUGGAGAAACUUCCUCUUUUCAUGAAGAAAACACCCUUCCUCACCGGCUGACCCGUGAAGUUGCUUGAGGAGCUUUCUCCUGAGUUCCAGUCCCUGCUGGAUUCCCUGGUUAAUUCAGCUUGAGCUGAAAAGCUUCCUGGAAGUGGAGAGGGUCCUUCUGCUUUAAUCUGAGUAGUCUGUAGCUUGAGCAACCUCCCUUGUCCUCCUUCAAAUAAAUGCUUUGUGCGCAGCGUCCA